UAAGUGUUUUUACCCUGCAAUAAUGGCAUUUUAUCCACUUUUGUGUGACGUCUCUCCCCUCCCAUAGUAUAGUUUUGGUAAAAAAAAAGGGGUUGAAUGUUGCUCGGAAUAACAGUACCCGAUAACAGUGCCUCAAUGUAAUUUCUAAAAUCGCCACAUUGACUUGAGAGUAAAGCUCGCCGGAUCUGUGAUGCAGAACUACGAGAAAGUCCGGAUCGUCGGCCGUGGCGCCUACGGGACGGUGUACUUGUGCCGACGAUUAGUCGAUAACUUUCUCGUCAUUAUCAAGCAAAUUCCAGUUGAAGAAAUGACAAAAGAAGAGCGUCAAUCUGCCUUAAAUGAAGUUAAGGUGCUCUCGAUGUUCCAACACCCAAAUAUAAUUCGUUAUUACGACAGUUUCGUACAGGAAAAAGCACUGAUGAUCGUAAUGGAGUACGCCCAAGGGGGGACUAUCUACGACUAUCUUCAACAGCGAGGAGGGAAAUUGAUGGACGAAGACGAAAUACUGCGACUUUUUGUGCAAAUCCUGUUAGCCCUUCGACAUGUUCACAAGGGUCAAAUCCUACACAGGGACCUUAAAACACAAAAUAUCCUACUAAAUAAGAAACGAAAGGUUGUGAAAAUAGGGGACUUUGGUAUUUCUAAGAUUCUCAGCAGUAAGAGCAAAGCAAAUACGGUAAUUGGGUCUCCGUGUUAUAUCUCCCCUGAGUUAUGUGAGGGAAAGCCAUACAACCAGAAAAGUGAUGUUUGGUCACUCGGUUGUGUCCUUUAUGAGCUUACCACCUUAAAGCGAGCGUUCGAGGCAUCUAACCUCCCAGCACUAGUGUUAAAGAUAAUGCGAGGGUACUUCUCACCAAUACCUGAGAGGUACAGUGAGGAGUUGCGUAAACUAAUCCUGGACAUGCUGGUACUGGAUCCAACCAAAAGACCAGGUAUCAAGGAAAUUAUGGCCCAACCUGUUAUUGUCAAUGCAUUGUUUGACUUGCCAACAGAUGUUGGCCGAGUGCCAUGUACACGGUUCCCUAGGACUGGAGCUGGUAUUGCCGCCGCCAUUCCACCAUCACGCUCUAGACCAUCCAUUUCAACUCAGUGUAGGAGCAAGCAAUUUCCAAGAACAUCUUCCACAAGCUCAGCAAGCACUAUACUGGAAGGGCUGCCUGAGAACCUCGGAGUAUUCGCUAUGAAGCCACAAGAGCCCCAGCACAUGGUAUACCACUGGGGCGGAGGGAUAACCUACCCAAACCCUCUGCCGCUUCCCCAGCACGAUUCUGGUGUUGUCCAAGUGUCAUGUGGUAGGACAUUGAUGACGGGUGUGACCGCAAAUGGUCGAAUGAUACUCUGGGAGGGCAGUAAGUCCAGCGGUCUGAUGUCUUCUGGUGGGAAAAAUGAGAAAACUGUGUGGGUACCACGUUUCCUGGAAGGCCAGUCUGGCAUCACUAUAACAAAGGUGUCAUGCGGUGACCUCUUUACAGCUUGCCUGACAGACCGAGGAAUCUUGAUGACCUUCGGGAGUGGCACGUACGGGUGUCUUGGUCAUGGCACAACUAACUACGUGAGCCAAGCCAAGAUUGUGGAAGAUCUGCUGGGCUUCGAGGUGGAGGACAUCUCAUGCGGAUCAUCGCACAUCAUGGCUGUAACUGCUGACCACGAGGUGUUUGCAUGGGGCCGUGGCGAUAACGGUCGCCUGGGGACUGGGUCGCAGCAAGAGUAUUGGUCCCCCAAGGCAAUUAGCCUCCCUGAAGGCAUGCGCGCGCGCUCGGUCCAUUGCGGCGUGGACUGCUCGUUUGCCAUCACCUUAGAAAACAAGCUUCUCGCGUGUGGCAGUAACAGAUGUAACAAGCUUGCCCUGGAUAACGAAGAUGGGCCUGUGGAAGAGGUUGCCGUGCUGCGUCAGGUUUCUGUUCCGGACUUUAAUAGCGUGGGAACGUCAUCUGUUGCUAUGGGCACAUCACAUACGCUCGUGCUAUUACAGAAUGGCAAGUUGUACUCGUUCGGAUCAAACUCUUUCGGUCAGCUAGGGUACGUACGGGAGGGCGUGUCCCGCUUCCCCCAGCUCAUCGAGUCAUUGAAUGAUGUAUCAUACGUCGCUUGUGGAGACACGUUUUCUGUCGCUGUUUCUUCUGACAGUGAGGUGUUUGUCUGGGGAAAGGGGGCCAGGGGUCGCCUAGGUAACAAAGCAGACGAGGACGUCAGAGAACCCGUCUGCUUGUCGCUCCCGGCGGCGGUCCAAGUGUUAUCGGUCUCUUGCAGCAACAGCGGCACGCUACUUUGUGGAAAGAAACUGUGAAGUAACGAGUAUUGCAGCACGCUACUUUGUGGAGAGAAACUGUGAAGUAACGAGUAUUGCGGCACG